AUGGCGGCUAACGCUACUAUGAACCCCUCGCAGCUGCUGCCACUAGAGCUUAUGGAUAAAUGUAUAGGAUCCAGAAUUCACAUUGUGAUGAAGAGUGAUAAGGAAAUUGUUGGCACCCUUCUUGGCUUCAAUGACUUCAUCAAUAUGGUAUUGGAAGAUGUCACUGAAUUUGAAAUCACACCAGAAGGAAGAAGGAUCACUAAAUUAGAUCAGAUUUUGCUAAAUGGAAAUAAUAUAACAAUGUUGGUCCCUGGAGGAGAAGGGCCUGAAGUGUGAGCAGAUUUCCUUGACUUAUGCUAGAUUCUGUGUUGUCUUCUGGUGGCAACAACA